GGACCAGCUAAUAGAGUAAGUCGGUGGGUUCUCGUGGGACCCAAUAGAGCGUUAAUCUCAUUUACAUACACACUCACACCUUCCUUCUUCAGUCAUCGUCCUCCAGUGUCAGAGAAGAAACGUUGGUGGUGAGAAAAAAUGACGGCGGCCGGAGUAGCCUCGGUUCAGACGAAGAAGCUUCUCAAGUUCAGCCUUUCUCUCUUCCGCCGCGGCUUCAACUCCUCCAAAUGCAAAACGGCGGCGAAGAUGGCUGUAGCUAGAAUAAAGCUUCUGAGGAACAAGAGACAAGUUGUGGUGAAGCAAAUGAGACGUGACAUCGCUCUUCUUCUUCAGUCCGGUCAAGAUGCCACCGCUCGAAUCAGAGUUGAGCAUGUGAUUAGGGAGCAGAACAUCUUGGCGGCUAACGAAAUCAUUGAGCUUUUCUGUGAACUCAUUGUUUCUCGACUCACUAUCAUCACAAAACAAAAGGAAUGUCCUGUGGAUCUGAAGGAAGGCAUUGCGAGUUUGAUAUUCGCUGCGCCUAGGUGCUCGGAGAUACCUGAGCUUGGAGAUCUGAAAGACAUCUUUGAGAAGAAGUACGGAAGAGAUUUCGUGUCUGCUGCUACUGAGCUGCGUCCUACCUGUGGCGUGAACCGGAUGCUGAUUGAUAAGCUUUCGGUGAGGCAUCCUGGUGGAGAAUUCAAACUUAAAAUCAUGAAGGAGAUUGCCAAGGAGUUCCAGGUUGAUUGGGACACUGCAGAGACUGAGCAAGAACUUCUCAAACCUCAAGAAGCAACCAUUGAUGGUCCACGUGCGUUUGUUAGCGCGUCAAGCUUACCAGUAAACCGUGCUUCUGAUGAACCCAUUGAUCCUACCAAAGCUGUGCCGAGAUCGAGUAGUAGCAUGAGCAGCAUCAACACGCAUUAUCAUGACACCGAGUCAGCAGCUGAAGCAGCAGCUGAACUAGCCAAGCAGGCGGUUGCAGCAGCACAAGUAGCCGCCUUGUUAGCUAACAGAAGAGACAGCAGUAACAGCAACAAGGAGUUCUCUGUAUCCUCCUUUUCGUCUUUGGAUCAUUCAAGGAGACGAUCUGAAACAAGCUCCUACUACUACGCUAAACCUUCCGUAGCAAACAGAAGAUACAGCUGCAACAAUCCAGGUGUAAAUGAAGAAGACUACGCCAAAACGGAAGCAGAAGCGAAGGGAACAAUGAGGAGGAGACACACACUUCCUCCUCCUGCGACUACUGAGGUCAAGUUUGAUGAGUCUGACUACUACGAGGAAGAUACAGAGCCGGAAGAAGGACCUUUACAGAGACGUGCUUCUUCCCUCCCGCCAGACAGAGCACCACCUCAGGCUCCUCAGUCUGCUGAGUCUAGAAGGGACUCGAGCGGUCACCAUGUUCACCCAAAGCUUCCUGAUUAUGAUGAGUUGGCGGCACGUUUUGACUCUAUCAGACAGAGUAAAGGGCCACUGAUCUGAAGCGGGGAACUACUUUUACUAUAUAAGUAGAAAGAAUAUCACGUAUGGGGAUUUAAUGCAAGUAUUGUGUUUUUACUACAUUGGUUGGUGAUUGUGUAUGAAAGAAGAAAGAAGAAAGAAGCAUUACUUUUUUGUUGUUGUAAUCAAUAACGCUUGUAAUCAAUAACGCGAUUCGCUUUUGUUGUGAUUUUAUCAAAGACUGAAGUUAAAAGA